AAAGCCAGUCCUAAAGUGCGAGCUUUCGUUGGUGAAGAAGUAUCGCUGAAAUGCUCAUUCAAAUCCAGUUCCCCCAUCACUGAGAGCCUGACGGUAGACUGGACAUACCGGCCCCUCACAGGUGGUCAGAUGGAGACAAUUUUUCAUUAUCAGUCUGUUCCAUACCCAACGACAGUGGGAAAGUUCAAAGACAGGAUAUCCUGGGUUGGGAAUGUUGCCAAGGGCGAUGCUUCUGUUGCUAUCCAAAGCCCAGUGAUGAGUGACAAUGGGACGUUCAUCUGCAGUGUGAAGAAUCCUCCAGACGUGUACCAUAACAUUCCCCAGACAACGCUGAUAGUUACGGAGAGGGGCCUUUCCUUCCAGCUAACUUCAGCGGUGCUGCUGUCCAUUUUAGUAUUUCUCCCUUCCGUCAUUGUGGUCGUUCUGCUGUUGGUAAGGAUGGGAAGGAAAUUUGGAGUGCUAAAGGAGAAAAAAAAAUCUGGCUGUAAGAAAUCCUCCAUCGAAGUGCCUGAACAUACAGAGACAGACAACUGCUUGCGGAAACUCAGAAACUGGUGUCUGAACUGUGUGGACACGGAUGAAGAAGACCCAUACUGA